CGAAUCUGUGUGCGCACGACAUGAGUCUCUUUUAGAAAUUUCGAUGUCUCAAGGACUUCGUCGCGCAUUAGAGAAAGCACCGAACGUAUCUAUUUAAUUUCAGCAUCAUGUCCGCACCUCGUGUUGGCGUUGGUGUGUUCGCUUUCAAGCGCAACGGCACAUUCAUACUCGGGAAGCGGAAAGGGAGUCUGGGCUCUGGCACCUUUGCUCUUCCCGGUGGCCAUCUGGAGUACGGAGAAUCGUUCACCGCAUGUGCGGCAAGAGAGCUGUGGGAGGAGACAGGCAUCCAGAUUAGCGAGGAGAAGAUCCAUUACUUGACCACUGUCAAUAGUGUUUUUGAGAGCGAGGGCUUGCACUACGUCACAGUUGCUGUGGGAUGUCUCCUCGACGAUGAUGUCGAGCCAAAGGUCAUGGAGCCAAACAAAUGCGAGUGUUGGCAGUUCAUCACUUGGCCGCAGCUUCGCGAGUACGCGGAGCAGGAUCUGCAGGCUUCGGAUAACGAUGUGAAGAUGUUGUUUAAGCCAAUGGUUCACUUCGUGACGCAAAGAGGGUUCGAUCCGUUCAAGGCUCUUAUGAGCAUGGAGGAGCAGAACUAGUCCGCCACAUUGCACAUUGCACAUUGAGAUUGCACACUGCACAAAUGCACAAGAAGCUCGCUCGGACUGAGCAGGGUCACGUGACGGUGUGGAAUUGUGAGGCAGAAACAGCUCCUCCUUGGUUAGAACCGAACGAGAGCGGCGGCGGGAUCGGUUAUGGUUGUGGAGCUGAAGGGCUGGGCAGAAUUGCUGUGCGAGGCUGAGAGACGCCCAGUGGUAGCGCAACGCUGGACAAAUAGACGUGGCUUUGUAACAAGGCAAGCAACAAUCGGACGUCUGCAGCGCGCCGCAGGCGUUAUGCCGA